CGUGAUUAUAUUUAAUUUCUAAUUCCUUACGUCAGCACCAAGAACCCCAGAUAACAAGAACUUGGCGACGAGCGUCGAUAACAGAAGGCCUGUUCUUCUCUUCUGCAUGACGAUAACUAUCAUCCAACCAGAGCCACUCGAGAGAUAAUUAGAAUCUGCAUCAUCAUGGCUCCUCCUGGAAUGUACAUUGUCUACGGAAUAGGCAUCUUCCUCGCCUUCCUGUCCAAAGAAUUCUUUCCUCACCCCGCGACCUGGCUGCCCGUUGCCCUGCCCCCGCAGGACCGCUACACUUCGUCUUCAUUGGCCGUCAACAACGACAAUUGCAAGCUCAUCUACGGCGCCGAAGGAUGCGAAGACGUCGCGGUUGACAAACUCACCGGCGAAGUCUACAUGGGCUGCGGCUCCGUCGAGGGACGGAUGUCGUUCUUCCCCCCGCAAAACCACCACAAGGUCCGCCCAAAGUUCAAGCAGAUGCCAAUGCAGGACUCGGUCGUCUUGUUUGACCCGCAAACAGAGCAAUUGAAGACUCUCGAGCUCCGUGGAUACCAUGAUCGCGAAGACUUCAUCCUGCACGGUAUGAACGUUUUUUACCCCCCCGACAAGCCCGACACUCGCAUCAUCUUCUUUGUCAACCAUCAGCGCGGGUCAUCAAUCAUCUCCGUCUUCAAAUACACAACCGGAACCGACUACCUCGAAUUCCUCCACGACAUCCGCUCUCCCUACAUCGUCACUCCGAACGCCGUCGUCGCCGUCUCCGAAACCUCAUUUUAUAUCACAAACGACCACAAGUACCGCAAAGGCACCUGGCGCGCAAUCGAAGACACCAUGGGCCCCUUCCUGUGGGCCAACAUCGUCUUCUGCGAAUUCAGCUACUCGACAAACCACCCGAAAUGCUCCAUCAAAAACAAAAACUACUUUUCCUACGCGAACGGCAUCCUCCUCGUCGACGGCGGCAAGAAGCUCGUCGUCACAGACACCCGUCUCGCAAAACUCUCCGUUUUCUCCGUCGACCCGCUCACGCACAACCUUGACCUCGAACUCGCGGUCUCCGUGCACGCCUCGAUGGAUAACAUCUCCGAACUCCCCUCCGGCGACAUCCUCGUCGCAGCCUUCCCCAACGGCGCCUCGAUCUGGCCGAAAAUCGAGGCUCCAUUCAACGAAGACGUGGUUUCGGAGAGCAUGGCUCUGCUCUUCAAGAAGAACGAAUCCUUUGCUAUCCCCCACGUCGUCUUUUGGGACGAUGGGCACCAGAUGAGUGUCAUGACCUCGGCUUCUUAUGAUGUCAAGAGUGGUAAGCUGAUUGGCGGUGGCGUCUGCGCGCCCGGUGUCUUUGUUUGCAACCUCGACAAGAGCGUUUUCGGUCUGUAAUCGCUUUUAUCGCUGUAUGGAUUGCAUGUCUAUUUUUUGAUUUUUCGCUAGCACCGCACCGCUUGGUACAUAUUCAUACUUACACUAGAUUCAAAUGUAAAUAAAUAAACCCGCUAUACACACA